AUGUCCAGCCGAACCAACUUGAUCAAAUUCCUUCUCUUGGGAUUCUCUGAUGUUCGGGAGCUGCAGAUUUUGCACUUUGUGGUGUUCCUGGUGAUUUACCUGGCAGCCCUGAUGGGGAACCUUCUCAUCAUCACAGCCAUAGCCCUCGAUGACUAUCUCCACACCCCCAUGUAUUUCUUCCUGAUGAAUCUGUCCAUUAUAGACCUUGGCUCCAUCUCUGUCACCAUCCCCAAAUCCAUGGCCAAUUCCCUCAUCAACACCAGAUUGAUUUCUUAUCUUGGAUGUGUCACCCAAGUUUUUCUCUUUUUAGUCUUCACUGCAGCUGCUCUUGCCUUACUCACUGUCAUGGCAUACAACCGAUACGUCAACAUCUGUCAACCACUGCACUACAAGAGAGUGAUAAACAGGAGAGUUUGUGUCCAAAUGGCAUCCAGUGCCUGGAUUACUAGUAUUGUCUACUCUGCACUGCACACUGGGAACACCUUCAGGUUACCAUUCUGCCAGUCCAGUGUCAUCAGCCAGUUCUUCUGUGAAAUCUCCCAGCUACUAAAGCUUGCCUGCUCUGACUCGUACCUCAGUGAAGUUGGGCUUCUUGCCUUUCUUGUGUUUUUUGGUUUAAACUGUUUUGUUUUUAUAAUUGUGUCUUAUGUUCAGAUCUUCCAAACUGUGCAGAGAAUACCAUCUGAGCCAGGCCAGCGUAAAGCCUUCUCGACCUGCCUCCCUCACCUCACUGUGAUCUCAUUGUUUCUUUGCACUGGCAUCUUUGAGUAUCUGAAACCCAUCUCCAGCUUAAUGUCAAAUAUGGAUCUCAUGAUGUUCUCUAUGCUCUGGUGCCUCCAAUGA